ACAAGAUGGCGGCGAGCUGGUGGAGGAGGAGGCGGCGCCGGAGGAGGAGGAGAAGCUCCGAUUGACAGAGAGGGAGAGGAAAUAAAACCCCGGGAAGGUCAAUGGGCGGCCUAGGCAGCCGGCUGGUGUCCGCCGCCCUCCCCUCGGGCGCCUCCGAGUGCCAGUGCCAGUGCGAGCGGAGGAAGCGCAAACGGCGGCGCGGGGAGGAGGAUGGAGACGACGACGACGACGACGAGAGCGGGAGGCCCGAGGCCCUGGAGGCGGCCGGGCCGCGGAGGAAAAAGUUGAAAAGCACUUCCAAGUAUAUUUACCAAACUCUAUUCCUCGCUGGUGAAAACAGUGACAUCACCAUCUGUGCUCUGGGACAGGAAUGGCAUCUUCACAAGAUUUACCUCUGUCAGUCUGGCUACUUUUCAAGUAUGUUCAGUGGGUCAUGGAAAGAGUCCAACAUGAGCUACAUCGAACUGGAGAUCCCUGACCAGAACAUCGACACCGAGGCUCUGCAAGUGGCUUUUGGCUCGCUGUACCGAGAUGAUGUCUUAAUUCAUCCCAGUCGCGUGGUGACCAUUCUGGCAGCAGCCUGCAUGCUACAGCUGGACGCUCUGAUUCAGCAGUGUGGGGAAACCAUGAAGGAGACAAUCACUUCCAAGUCAGUCUGUGGCUUCUAUACAGCGGCAGGGACCUACGGCCUGGACUCUGUGAAACAAAGAUGCUUCGAGUGGCUUCUAAACAACCUGAUGACACAUCAGAAUGUGGAGCUGCUGAAGGAUCUCAGUGUCGGUGUGAUGGACAAACUGAUCAGUUCAACAGACCUGUUUGUGAUGCAGGUCGAGAUGGACGUGUACACUGCACUGAAAAAGUGGAUGUUCCUUCAGCUUGUGCCCUCCUGGAAUGGCCCCUUGAAACAGUUGCUGUCUGAUGCAGACAACUGGCUGUCCAAACGUAGGAAAGACAGCUGCAAUUACAGUAGUUUCCUGGACUCUGAACAAGGACAGAGGUUUGCUGGGGUCUUCAGUCAUCUUCGCCUUCAGUAUGUCAUCAAUGACCUGAUAUCGGCAAAAAUUAUUGAGCGGGAUAUGAUCAUUCCUUCAAGCUGGCUGGCUUCAGUUUACAAGCAGCAGUGGUUUACCAUGCUCAGGACUGAACAGGACAGCGAUGUGGGUCCGAAGGAAAUCAACAAGGAACAGUGUGAAGUCUGCAGCAUGCGUUGUGGAAGGACGCUGGUGAAAGAUGGUGAUUACUGCUGGCGAUGGACUGGUUUCAGCUUUGGCUUUGAUCUGCUGGUGACUUACACAAACCGAUUCAUCAUCUUCAAGAGGAACAGCCUGAGCCAGCCGUGUAAAGGGACUGUCAGCCUCCUUCCUCACAGGAAUAUCGCCUUUCGGCUAAGACUGGCAUCUUUUGACAGCAAUGGCAAAGUGAUCUGUAGCCGUUCAACAGGUUACCAGAUCUUGUCACUGGAAAAAGACCAGGAACAGGUGGUGCUGAAUCUGGACAGCAGACUCCUGAUGUUCCCACUCUACAUCUGCUGCAAUUUCCUUUAUACGUCGGCAGAUCCAAAACCAGAGACUGAUGAGCAGCCGGAACAAAGUGAGGACUGAGAGAGGGCGUCCCUUCGGAAUCUCUGUGAUUUAUUUGUGAUGCAGUCCUUACUCCAGACGUGGGUUAGCGGAGAAGGACAUGGAAGCUUCCAGAAGCCACUGAACCAAGCUGUCCUUGUCUUGCAGUCUCCAAGUUGUGAACCACUCUGGCAUUUUAAUCAGCAAUAAUGUUUGUAAGGGACAUGCUCUGGACACCCUUUCUUUAUCAGCUGGAGCUGUCAUUCCCUCCCAGUUUUUCCAAUUGCAUUUGAUUCAGGGAUUUGUGCACAGGGACCACUCCGAUUCCUGGUCCCAACUAACCAAAGCGACUUCAGGGACCACGGUGCGAGAAUUCAGCUGAUCACAAGGUCGGGAGAGGGGAAGCCGGACUCUGCAGACACUGCCCGAUGACCCAGCAGCAGAGACAGACACUCAGCUUUAUCCACCCCCUCCCCCCACCGUCACCGACUCAGGGGCGUAGAGCGUGGCUCAGACCCCAGGACCACCUCCACGUGAAUGGGACGCAUCUCACUCUGGUCAAAAUAGAGCUGGGCUCACCUUCCACAUCCAAGUCAGGAGCAGAGAAGGGCCAGAUGAGACACUGUCCUCUCUCAACGCCCCCAACAGAACAUGUGCGUUUAACUGAAGUGUUGGUGCAUCAUUUUACACAGCAUUGCGUGCCUGGGAGGGCUACAUCACUCCGAAGUUCAGCAAUACAGGUCUUAUUUGUACAUGGAGAAAGCAAUCCAUCCAUCACAGCAGUGAGAAGUAUCAGUCGCACUCUGUUCACGUCACUGUGUUGUAUCAUAGCCGAAUGUGUUCGUCCCUUUUACAGACGCAGCAUGGCACAGUGUGCAGGAAGUGAAGGCGAUGUCUGAUGGUGUACCUUCGGUUUGAAGUGUUGAACCCCAACACUUGUAUUGUUUGUGUGUGUAUCGGACUCACGGUAUUCUGCAAUUAUUAAACAGAGUGCACCCUU